AUGCUUCCGAAGUUGUUAUUCAUCUCUAUUCUUGUCUCCUUCAUUUUGAGUACUCAUUCUUAUAAUACCCAAUGCCUUCACCAUCAAAAAACAUUGUUGCUUCAACUCAGGAAUGAGUUGAUCUUGGAGUUCGAACCUUCUGAUUCAACAAAAUUGGUGCGAUGGAAUGAAAGGGAUGAGUGCUGCAAGUGGCCCGGUGUGGAAUGUGAUGCUGCUGGCUACGUCGUUAGUUUGCAGCUCGAUAAUGAGUCCAUUAUUUCUGGUGGAAUCGCGGAUUCAUCGAGUCUAUUCAGACUUAUGCAUCUACAGAAGCUAAAUCUAGCCUACAAUUAUUUCAACAACACUCCCAUCCCGAAAGGUAUUCACAAUCUCACCUAUUUGACACACUUGAAUUUAUCCAAUGCUUAUUUUGGUGGGCAGGUUCCAGCUGAGAUUUCUUCCUUGAGAAGGUUGGUUAGUCUCGAUCUCUCCCAUGAUUAUGUGUCAGUGAAACUGGAGAUGGUUGUCCAAAAUCUUACAGGGCUUCGAGAGCUCUAUCUUGAUGAUAGCAAUGUUACUUCCUCUCAUCAUGAGAGUAGAAAACGGAGCCACAUUAUAUCAUCAUAUUUACCCAACCUCACCACCUUGAGCUUGGUUGAUUGUGGUUUGUCUGGGACUUUAGCUAAGUCCUUUGGGCAACUCCAUUCCCUUUCCAUCCUUCGACUAGAUUUUAACGAUCUUUCAACAGAACUUCCAGACUUGUUCGCCAAUUUUCCAAGUUUGACCACCUUGAGUCUUUUUAACUGCAGUUUGAAGGGUUCGAUUCCACCCACCUUUGCUAACCUAACCAACCUGAUUAAUCUCGAUUUGUCAUAUAACUUCUUCACAGGCGCACUUUCUUCUACGCUGUUUGAAGGUCUUUCCAAUCUUGUUUAUUUAGAUUUGCAGAGGAAUUCAUUCUCUGGUAAUAUUCCCCACUCUCUCUUGGCUCUCCCUUCAUUGUCGGAACUUGUUCUUCGCCACAACCAAUUUAAUGGCACUUUGCAACUGGAAAACUUUCGAAGCCUUGCGAAUCUUACACGACUUGAUCUAUCUCACAAUAGAUUGUCAGUAGAUGUUGGCAACCUCAAUUCAACUUCAUAUGGCAGUCUCCAACUAAAAGAGUUAAGACUAGCUUCAUGUAAUUUGUCCCAUUUUCCUAAUUUCAUCAAACCUUUGGAUAUGGAAUUCGUGGACCUCUCAGACAAUCGGAUUGGUGGGGAGAUACCUAGUUGGAUUUGGGGAACACAACUUUGGUAUUUGGACCUCUCUUAUAAUCUUCUAACAGAUCUGCAAAAGCCUUACCAUAUCCCUGCUUCUCUUGUAUACCUAUACUUGCACUCUAACAAGCUCAAGGGUGAGUUGCACUUGCCCAUUCCACCUGCGUCUCAACUCUCGUACUUGUCUGUUGCUAAUAACAGAUUAAGUGGAUCGAUUUCAACCUCCCUUUGCAGUGAUACGAGGAUCGCUGUUCUUGAUUUGUCUGGCAAUAGAUUAAGUAGCAGCAUACCGCCGUGCUUACUUGAAAACGUGGUUUCAUACUUAGAUCUAAGCCAAAACAACAUCAGCGGUAGCAUUCCAGAUAAUUUUCCCAUGGAUUGUCAACUUGGAUAUUUGGAUCUUAACAAUAAUGCUUUAGAAGGGAAAAUCCCAAAGUCCCUUGAAAGAUGCGAGCGGUUGAAGUUCAUGAAUGUUGGGAACAACAACAUCACUGACAGUUUCCCGUGCAUGCUAUCAUCAUCCAGGUGGUUGCUGUUAGUAAAAAAAUGGAAGUAG